AGCUAUUUAUCACGUUUAUUUUAGGAUUUGAUGAUUUAGUCUAAUUUUUAUUUAUGAAGAUGGAAAUUCAUACUUGUAUUUUUAUGUCACUCCUGAUGAUCACUGAUGAGUUCGUUGUGAAAGGACCCUCUGAUCCUUUGGUUGUUCCUCUGGGAGGUUCAGUGGUCUUGCCCUGUUUGGUUGACAAAGCCUUACUAUCUGAAGGACUGGAGGUGGAUUGGAGAAGAUCAGACUCAGAGACUCUGGUUCAUCUGUAUCAAGAUGGUGAGAGUCGACCAGAGGUCCAGCAGCAGGAUUAUCAUGAUAGAGCUCAUUUCUUUACUGACCAGAUUCAACACGGAAACUUCUCCCUCCUGUUGAUCAAUGUGACAGCUGAAGAUGAAGGACAAUACACAUGUACCAGUUACAAUGACCAGGAAUUUGGUGAAACUGUGGUCCACAUAAAUGUUGUUGACCAUCUGAUAGUAUCAGGGUCGAGUCAUUCCAUAUCUGCGUAUGCGGGUGAAGACGUCACUCUGAACUGCUCUGUGGACUCUCACAUCACACCUGAAGAGAUUGAAGAGCUUUCAUGGAAGAAAACAGAUAAAGAUGGAGAUAUUCUGGUCCUGCUCUACCAAAACAAUGAACCUUUACCCGAAUCAUCACAUGAGCAAUACAGAGACAGAGUUGAGUUCUUCACUGAUGAAAUCUCCAAAGGAAACUUCUCUCUCAGACUGAAGAGUGUCAGAACUGAAGAUAAAGGAGUUUAUAUGUGUCAAGUGUUUGCUGGAGGAGUUUCAGCCGACACAACUGUAGAACUGGUACAACUGGGUUUCUCUACUAUACACAUAAUGGUGUUGAUUUUCUGUAUUGCUGCAUCUGGAUCUGCACUUCUGCUUUGCUGUCUGAUUUACCACCAAUCAAAAGAAACAGACCCCAGCAGAACAGUGUGGCCACUACAGGUUUCUCUUGUAUUUUGUCCAAACAUCUGUAUGGCAUUUGCCUUCAUUUUCUGGGGUAUUACUGAGGGAUUUCUGAAUGAGACCAUCCCAUGCUGUGCUAUUUAUAUUCUGAGACCUGUGAUGUUGUUGUGGGCUGUGCCUUAUUUAACUUAUCUUAAAGAAUAUAUUAAAACAGGCUACAUUAAGACAUGGAUCAGUUUUUCACGUGUAGCAAGAGAAUUUGCUGUUUUGACAGUCGUCGUUUACUCAGUUUUCUUUUCAUAUGCCUUGAAGAAGACUGCACAUUAUACAACUAUCGUACCUCUCAUAUUUUUGGGAUUUUUUGGUGUAUAUAUACUAUUGUUGUGUAUCUUCAUCUUCAUUGGAGUUUUUAGAAGCAAAAAAGAUUUUUAUUUGCAACUGUCUGGCAUAAGUUGGGUCUGCUUGUCUCCUCUACAAUCAUUUUUAAUGCAAUCUUCAUUAGAAACUGACAUUGAGGGCCAUCUAUAUGUUAUACUUUUUCAAAUCCUACCAGCUCCAUUUAUAUUAUAUCUUCUUGAAGAAUCUAGCUUCAUCUUCAGAAGGUGCAUAAUAAUAAUAUUAGUUCUUCUGGAUAUCAGUAUGGCGCUCUAUGUUCAUCACAGCAUUAUGGAAAUGGAGAAAGAUAUUGUUGGAUGGACAUGUGUUUUCUUAUUUCUCCAAGUUCUGCGGAUGAUGGCAUUAUUUGAAGGCACAGAAGUGAUUGAACAUUCAGAAGUACAGAGACAAACGACUGAAAUGGGCCAACAAGAAUCAAAUGUGUUGUCUCUCUGUAAUGUAGUCAUGUAUAUGUUUGGAGCAGUUGGUCUCAUUUUGUUGAACUCUGUAACACUGGCAGCAGAACUGAUACUGAAAACAGGUAGUGGUCAGCAUGCAGUGAAGGAUCUGAGAGUUAUUGUUUUUCCAUCUGAAUGUGUUUUUGUACUUUAUUGGCUUCUGCAUAUUUUCUGGAAGACUACAAAAACAGAAUCUGUAGACACUCGAAAGAAUGUUGUUAAAAGACGCUGGUGUAACAGUAGGAACACAGCGCUGAUUAUUGAAACGCAGAGUCUUUCAUCACCCGAUACUGCGGUGUGACGAGGAGGAGGAUGUGGUUGGGACGUGAGGGUACAUGGCCAGUGCUGAGUCAGCUCAAUCAGCUGGGAGAGGGAUAAAGUGGAGCUGGGGAUCCCAGUUAGAGAGAGUGAGACGCACAAGCUGUGUGUGUGCAUUUACGUAUGUGUAUUUUGUUAUGUUUAAGUUGACAUUGAUUGAAAAAAAGUUGACAUUGAUUGUUCAGCUGGUUCCCGCCUCCUCCUUGCCCAUUUUGUGAACCCGUUACAUUGGUGUGUAUGAGGAGGGAUGCACUCUUGGAGAGCCCUCGCCAUUGUUGGAGGGUUUCGACGCUGAGGAGGUAUUGUUUGGUGACACUGGAGCAGUUCGCCAGAUGGCGAAGGAGCCCGCUGGAGUCCGCCAGCAGACGGAGGAGCCACUGCACUGCUGGCUGAGGACCAAAUGAAAGUGUGUUCAGGGACUGGCGAGACAGUUUUUCUCUCUCUCUCUCCUCCCUCUCUAUCUCUCUGUCUCUCCCACUCACUCUUUCUCUAUUCCUUCUCCCUCCCCUCAUCUCUCCCAGAUUCUCAGGAGGCGGGGAGGACCAUUGGGUGGCAGAACGUCCGGAAGAGACCUGAUUUUAGUCAUAACCUGCAUUUUGAUAAUGCUGAUCUGUGCCUCUCCUUGUAUAUUUUGUAUAUUGUUUUUCUAUCAUUGUGUAAAUCUGGUAGUAGGAUUCUAUACAUAAAAUAAUAUUCUUGAAAAUAAAAUUCAUAAGCCUUUGCAAUGAUUUGUAAAAUCUGCAUUUGGGGCCACCCUUGUGUAAAAUAAAACAACUCUUUCUAAUCCCU